AUGGUGGAUUUUGGUAUUGAGGACCCUGAUGUGCAGUGCAUACCUGCAGGCAUGAUGUACAUGGUGCAUGCUGGUAUCAAGGACCCUAAUGUGCAGUGUACACCUGUAGGCAUAAUGUACACGGUGGAUGCUGGUACUGAGGACCCUGAUGUACAGUGUAUACUUGCAGGCAUGAUGUGCAUGGUGAAUGCUGGUAUCACAGACUCUGAUGUGCAGUGUACAUCUGAAGGCAUGAUGUACAUGGUGGAUGCAGAAAUUCUGAUAAAUUUGCAAAAGUAUGUAAGUGAGCAAUGCAUAUUUCUGAAGUCUACUGAUACAUUUCUGACUGUGCUUUCUGAUCCUGCAUCGCUGCAUUCUGUUCCUGUGACUUUAUCGUCUGAAGUGUAUGAAUGUAAGAUUCAUUGCUGCUGUGACCAUGUGAACCACUCACUCUGCAGUGAUACAGAUCAUUGUGGAAUGCAGAAUAUUAUAUCUGAACAGAAGGAGGUUUUGAAAGCCGUUAAUUCUCGUUUUACGGCUUCUGCUGGGUUACAUGAUUCCAACGGUCGGAUCCGUUUAUCCUCACCGGAAGUUACAAGACAUUCUGUAGAGGUUGUGGGGACUGAUUUUCACAAUACACCAGCCAUUCUACAUGAGGAUGCUCCAGGGACAUCAGCGGCAGGCAAUUCCGAGGUUUCAGGGUCUUCGACAGUGCCGAAAUCCACCUUCAAGGAUUGGGUUCAGCUUAAACCUGCCUUCCAGUUUAUGGAGAAUAUUCAGCGAAACCUUGGGGACAAUCCUAGUUUUCUGGACAGUAUGUGCUCUUUGGAAAGUGCCCUUUACAGGUACAAGACACUUGAAUUAGACAAUUUGUAUUUACAUGAAUGUAUCAAACAGCGUGUGGUACCCAAAGGCCUGAGGGUACACAAGUAUCCUAAUAAUGUUGUGUUUGGAAGUGAUUUCCAUAGGGACCUUAUUAAAGCCUUUGACCAAUGUGGCUUUGACAUUGUCAAAGCUAUCAUUAAGAAGAAUGAAAAGGAAAUUAAAGCUGUACAGGCUGAUGUUUUUAAAUACAAUGAAAAUGUUGUAAAUGAUCUCAUGUUUACUGCUGAAGUAGAAAAACAAAAAUAUUACAAUAUUAGGAAACAGGUAGAUCAACACUGUGAUGUUGUUAUUAAUCAUAAAUACAAGAAAUUAAACCGGGAUCUCAAGGAAUAUCAAGAGGGGAGACAAUACCCCAAUCCACCUAAUUUUAGGAAUAGGUAUUCAGUUAGUAAUGAACAACAGGGAGGGGGUAGCAAUAAUGUAAGGCCUAUGUCUCCCAUACCAGUCUCCCAGUUUCAGGAGGUUCCUUUAGAAAACAUAGAGGUGGAAGAUGGAGAUUUUUUACCCAGGAGGUCCGAACGAAUUCGGAAUCAGGUCCAACAUGUACAGGGGAAUCGUUCGGACACAUAUCAGGAGAACAGGACAAACCCCCGGGGGUGGAAAAGGUACAGGAACCCACGUUUUAAGUUUGUUCCUAGCAAAGGUAGUGAUAUGGUUAGUUCCAUCUUGGAUUUAAAAUUGUUCAUUCGAAAAGUUAACCUUGAGAACAUGUUUGGAGUCACCAAUGUCGUACCUGGGUUGACACUGAAAGAAUCUAGUAGUUUUAAUCCCCCGCUGCACCCCCAGCUUAAAAAUCUGGAAUCCAGGAUUGAACAGAGGAUUCGUAGGGAGUUGAUUCAGACAAAGUUUACCCCUAACUUGAGUCAGGAAGAGUUAGAAUUGUUGUUUGAAUUAAGUCACAAUUCAUCCCUUAGGGUCAUGGAACCAGAUAAAGGAGGGGGUACAGUAUUCAUGAAUCAAAUGAUAUAUGAUGACAAGAUGCAUAAUAUUUUACAUAAUACUGAUAAAUACAUCUUAGCAUCUAUCAAUGAGAUUCAUAUUUCAUAUCAUAAGAUUGAUCUAGCCUUACAGGACCUAUUGGAUCAAGAAAUCAUUGAAAUUGAUGCAUAUUCCUAUUUGGUUAAUACUGGUCCCAGGGUACCUACCAUGUUUGGGAAACCCAAAGUACAUAAAAACAUAGAAGAUCCUCCCCUUAGACCCAUUGUAGCGGCUCAAGGGUCUAAAACUCAUAAUAUCUCCAAAUUUUUAGAUUGGAAGCUUAAACAACUAUGGGGGAGACAGGGGUAUCUAUUGAAAGACUCCUGGGAAUUCCUUAGGAAAGUCAACAAGAAAUUAUUUAGAUCAGAAUUGAUCUUUCUGACCACUGACGUGGUUGAUCUUUUCUCAGUGAUUCCCUCUGACAUAGGUUUAGCUUGGAUGGAAGAAGCUUUAUGGGAAUGUUCUGGGGUCACCAACAAUGAUGUACAUCUGAUAACUGAGUUACCCACCUUGGUUUUGGAAAAUAAUUUCAUAUAUUUUGCAAGAGAGUACUUCCGACAGACUACUGGAGUUUCCAUGGGGGCCAAUUGUGCUCCCACAUAUGCAGAUCUUGUCUUAUCCAUCUGGGAGAAAAAAUAUGUUUUUAACAGUAUUUUUUCAAAGUAUUGGACAAACUAUUCCCGUUUUUUAGACGAUAUUUGCAUUUUUUGGGUAGGGCCAGUAGAAAAAAUUGACGAAUUUAUUGCCUAUAUCAAUAAUACCACUACUUUUUUGAAAUUCACCCAUGUUAUUUCAUUUGACAGUGUGAAUUAUUUGGAUGUUACACUUAGUAAAGAAAUGAAUGGGUUUCAGUCCUGUAUUUACAGGAAACCCACAUUUUCUAACAGUUAUAUACACUUUUCUAGUACACAUCCAAGGUUUCAGAAAAGAGGUAUUUUGAAAGGGCAAUUUGUGAGGGUUUCUCGCAUGACUUCCAACGACUUGCAGUUCAGUCUGGAAUGUGAUAAAUUGGCUCUUAUGUUUCAGGAUAGAGGAUACCCCAUUGUUUUGAUUAAUGAUGUUAGAAAUGAAGUACAGAUGGCUCGGUCUACCAGAUUUUUCCCUAUUUUGGGUAUAGAGAAUAUAGACUCCAGUAAUAACAAUAGGGAGGUGGUCCCUUCUUUCAAUUUAGCAUUUAUUACAGAAUAUAGUGCAAAUGCAGGGUAUAUUCAUAAAAUCAUUGAUGAAGAAUGGAAAAAUUUCCAAGACCUUACGGAUUUAAAUAACCUUAAAGGCAAAGAUGUAAAAACCAUAUACCGAAAAGGUUUCAAUAUUAAAAAACGUUUAGAACAAGAUAUUCAUGUGUUUUUUUCCAAUGGUCAGAGAAAAGGGACAUUUAAAUGUGCAUUUGAUGAUGAGCUCCAUGUAUGGUUUAUAGGUUCAGUUCAAAUGAUCUACACAGAUUGGGCCAACCAUUAUCUGGAAAAAUCUGGUCAUAAGCGACAGAUUAAAGAUCUGCAGCAGGAUGUAGCUGAUGGUGUGCUGUUGGCUGAAAUUAUCCAGGUUGUAGCAAAUGAGAAGAUACAGGAUAUUAACAGCUCUCCUAAGAAUAGAUCUCAAAUGAUUGAAAAUAUUGAUGCAUGUCUAAAUUUCCUGGCAGCCAAGGGUAUUAACAUUCAAGGUCUAUCAUCAGAAGAAAUUAGGAAGGGGAAUCUGAAGGCUAUUUUAGGCCUGUUCUUCAGUUUGUCCCGCUACAAGCAACAGCAGCAGCAGCAGCAGCACUCCCAGAAGUCUCAGCAGCACCAGCACCAGCACCAGCACUCAUCAAAUCCAGUAUCCCAGCAACCAGUAUCUGCACUCCAGCUGCCACAGCACCAGUACGUGGAUGGGCUGCAACCGAGCUCCCAGGAUACAGUGCAGACACAGCCCUACCUGCAGGCCCAGGUCGAGAAACACCAUCAUCAGCUACCUCAGCAUGCAGCCCGCCAGCACAAUCAUCACCAGCAAAAAGCACAACAGCCAGAAAUGCAGUCACGACUUCCAGGUCCCAGCACAAGGGGGGCUGCUGCAGCCACUGAGACCAAAACUCAUGUUUCUGUCAGUGCUAGCAACAGGCGCAGUCAGAGCUUUACCGCCUAUGACAAAUCCAGACCUUCAAUUCCUCCAGCAAGCUCUAGUGAAAAACGUACCUCUGGAAGUCCCAUACAGCAGUCUAGUUCGGGGUCUCAGCAUGCCACUACCCUGCCUGCACCAGUGGAGGAACCUAAUGGACAUAGCAGUGCAGACCAGCAGAAUCAGGACAUCUCUGUGCACACAGACCCAGACGAAUGCAGAGAUGCACACCUUCCCAUGAUGCCUCAGAAUGAUCAGCCAUCAGCAGCAAAUACCAGCACAUUCAGCAUAUCUUGUAGCACCAGCUCCCCUGCUAUUCCCCAAGCCAACCCUUCAAACAAGCCCCGGCACAGCAGAUCUUCUAGUUCUAAGCUCACCACAACAAUGUCUCUGUCAUCUGUAAAGCAGUUAGCGCACGAGGAUCCUAAACCUCUUCCAGAUACGUCUAAGGUAACGUCAAGUAGUCAGAAGUCUGUGUUAGAAAAGUUAAAAUUGUUCAACAGUAAGGGGAGCUCCAAAACACCUGGAACCAUUCUGGAGUGCUCAAGUGCUCAGAGUAUUACUUGUAAGCAGGUAGAUUCCCAUUCUAGUUAUGAAGAGUCAGAUGACACAGAUGCCACACUCAGAAACAUUAAUAGCACCGGACCCAUUUCUAGUAGUCCUAAAAUUGCCCUAAAGGGAAUUGCACAAAGGACUUUUAGCAGAGCCUUGACCAGUAAGAAAAACUCACAAAAAGGCACAGAGAAAGAAAAAGAGAAGUUAAAAGAAAAAAGCAAAGAUGCCUCAAAACCAGUGACAAGUGUGGAAAAGUUAGACGUGAAGGAGGAAGCGAAUGAUGAGCUUGCUGUGGCUAAAUCAGCUGAUAUGCCAAAAAAGUCCUCCCGGAUUGCAAACUUCAUACCUAAAGGAGGAAAAGUUAACAAUGCAAAGAAGGAGACUGCAGCCUCUUGUCAGACUAAUAUACCAAAACUGGGAAUAAAAACCAGCCAACGGAAAUCCUCAUGUACCUCAGCGAGUGCAAAGGAUGGGGACAGGUCGCGCAGUGGGAAGCUUCCUUCUGGACCUUCUUUACAAAAAGCACAACUAGACAGCAGAAAUUCCAGUUCCACUUCCAGUUUAGCCUCUUCUGAUGGAAAAGGUGUUGCGGGGGUAGCAAGUUCAACUAACACUACACAAACUGUUAAUAUUACUGCAAUUACCACACAGACAACAGGCAGCAACACCGUGGUCGUCCAACUACCUCAGCAACAGCAGCAGUAUAACCACCCCAACAUGGCCACAGUCGCCCCAUUCAUGUACAGGUCACAAACAAGCAGUGAAGAAAUCACACUACCUGAAUCCAUUAUUGGAGGAGUCAGUAUGGACAGUAAAACAGGACAGCCCUGCCUGGAGGAAGUCAGUGGACAAGAUCCAGAAUCUCAAAGGUUAAGAACCAUGAAAAAUAUUGCUGACCUGCGCCAGAAUUUGGAGGAAGCCAUGUCUAAUUUAAGGGGAACUCAAAUCACCCACAGCACGUUGGAGACAACGUUUGACACCAGUGUUACUACUGAAGUUAGUGGGAGUAAUAUGCUUAACCUGCCAGGAAGGCCGACCCCACUGUCAUGGAGAAUUGGACAAUCCAGCCCCCGUCUUCAAGCUGGAGAUGCUCCUUCACUAGGAAAUAUGUACCCCCCACGAGGGAAUGCCAGUUGUUUUAUAAACUCUGAAUCAGGACGCUACAUGUACUCUGCACCUCUAAGGAGGCAGUUAAUUUCCAGAAGUAGUAAUUUGUGUCCUAUGGGCAGUUCUGACAAAGAUAAGGAUGAGGCAACACCUGAACACAGCGGUGUGGAUGCUGCAGGUUAUAUGAGUGAUGGAGAUUUGCUGGGGAAGUCUCUAAGGACAGAUGAUAUCGCUAGUGGGUACAUGACUGAUGGCGGCCUUGGUUUGUACACACGAAGAUUAAAUCGGCUUCCUGAUGGGAUGGCUGCAAUGCGGGAAACACUGCAGUGUAACUCUUCACUUGGGCUGGGUGAUGCUGACAGUUGGGAUGACAGCAGCUCUGUCAGCAGUGGAAUUAGUGAUACCAUAGACAACCUUAGUACUGAUGACAUCAAUACAAGUUCAUCCGUCAGCUCGUAUGCUAACACUCCCGCAUCUGCACGCAAGAAUAGUCACAGACAGCUUCAAACUGAUGCAGAGAAACACUUUGCUGCUGACAGAAAUUCUUUGUGGUCUGGCGAUGAAGUGAAAAAACCUGAAAGUGGCACAGACAGUGGAAUGAAAAUGGAGUAUAGUUCCAAGUGGAGACGUAAUGCAUCGGAUAUUUCUGAUGAAUCUGACAAGAGUACGUCUAGUAAAAAAAUCACAGUAAUUUCCCAGACAGGAUCUUGGAGAAGGGGCAUGACCGCACAAGUUGGUAUCACUACACCAAGAACUAAAGUACCUGCAGCUUCCACUGGCACAUUCAAAGUUCCCAGCACAGGACAAACUGAUGAUGCCAAGGUAUCAGAAAGAAGCCAGCUGUCGCAGAAACCAGCUGUAACAGUGCACCGUUCCCCUUCUGAUGCAGGACGCAGUAGUGGUGAUGAAAGCAAAAAGGGUCUGUCUAGUACAUCCAGGACUUCUGCUAACACAAACAACUUUGGAUUCAAAAAAAUGGGAGCAUCCUCUGGGAGUGUCACCUUAAUAACCAGUAGCGGUGCUGUGAUUACAAGUGGAUCAGCCACCGUGGGAAAACUACCCAAGUCAACAGCAUUACUCAGUCGGCCACCUGGGCAUAAAAAUAGUUCUGAUGGUUCACAACAUCAUGAUGACACUUACCUGAACAUGAGUCCCCAGACUAACCUGCAGUACCGCAGCUUACCGAGGCCCAGUAAAUCCAGUGGCUCAGGUAGAACUGGUGGUGGAAAUCGAUCAAGUACAAGCAGUGUAGAUUCUAAUGUUAGUGCCAAAUCAACUGGACUGUCUAUAAGUAAAAUGAGAGAACCUGUCAAAAUCCCUCUUAGUACUUUUGUGGCAGAUACAGCCCACCAGGCAGAUAAAGAGAAGGAUAUUUCAUCAGAUACAGAGAACGCAAUGCCUUAUACUGCUCUGAAGGCAGCUCAUGGUUCUGUAACUGCAACUAAUGGAAACCCUGUGGCCCGCCAGCAAGGAACCAAAUAUCCAGACGUCUCAUCACCAACUUUUCGCAGACUCUUUGGUGGUAAGCAAGGUAAACAAGCUCUCCUCACAACUUCUGAGAACAUGAAGAACUCGGUGGUUAUCUCAAAUCCGCAUGCUACCCUUAACCAGCAGAGCAACAUCGAUUCACUAUCUGCAAGUGGGAACAACGCUCUCUACAGUAGGAAUACCGACAUAAACCAGUCUUCUCUGGCCUCAAGUCCUGGCUCUGCUCAGUCGCCUCAAUCUAACAGCUUGUCUUGGGGUACCAACCUUAGCAGCUCGUCUGCCGUUAGCAAAGAUGGGCUGGGAUCACAGUCAGUCAGUAGCCUGUAUACCAGCUGCGAGUCUAUUGAUGUUUCUUUGAGCAGUGGAGCUGGCACUUUAAGCUGCAAUAACUCUGCUGGGCCAUCUCCUUCCUUUAAAGAAGACCUUUUGAGUUCAUUUACAAGGACGAACAGUGUUAAGACCACCAUGUCUGAAAGGUGUGCUCCUUCAUUCCAGCUACGUGCUCAGGAAGACACAAAAGACUGGUUGCGUUCCCAUUCAACUAGUGGCAUCCAGGACAGUGCAGGGAACUCGCCGUUUUCACCGGGUUCCAGCAUAACGUCUCCUUCGGGUGGGACCAGAUUCAAUUUCGCACAGCUUGCAAGUCCAACUACAGCUGCGCAGAUGAGUUUGUCAAACCCAGCCAUGGUUCGUAACUACUCUGUACCUACUACAGAAGGAUCGUAUGAGACGUAUAAUGACCUUUGUUUUCGGAAUAGCUCUGUAUCCCUGGAUGAGAAAAACAGGACCAUGACUCACUCUGCUUCUUUCCGUGAUGGAUUUGAAGAAGUCCGUGGUUCCUCACUGUCCUUGGUUUCCAGUACAUCAUCUGUGUACUCAACCCCUGAAGAAAAGUCCCAGUCAGAGAUUCGUAAACUUCGCAGGGAGCUGGACGCAUCACAGGAGAAAGUUGCUGCACUUACAACCCAGCUGACUGCUAAUGCUCACCUGGUAGCAGCCUUUGAACAGAGCCUCAGUAACAUGACCAUUCGAUUACAAAGUCUGACCGUGACUGCAGAGCAGAAGGAUUCUGAACUGAAUGAGCUCAGAAAGACCAUUGAAAUGCUGAAGAAGCAGAAUUCAGUAGCCCAGACUGCUAUCAAUGGCGUUAUCACCACACCUGAACCCACCAGCAAAGGGAGUAGACCUACUCAACCUGGUGACCUGCAAAUCCAUAGACAGCAUUCAUCUGACAGCAUGUCGAGUGUUAACAGCGCUACGAGCCAUUCGAGCAUCGGCAGCAACAUGGAGAGUGAUGCAAAGAAGAAAAAAAAGAAUUGGGUCAACGAGUUACGGAGCUCUUUCAGACAAGCAUUUGGAAAGAAGAAAUCUCCGAAGUCUGCAUCUUCUCAUUCAGAUGUUGAAGAGAUGACCGAUUCAUCUUUACCUUCAUCUCCAAAACUACCUCAUAACAUCUCUUCCAUGUCUGCUACCCUCCUCAGAGGUUCACGUUCUCAGUCUCUCAUUUCUGAUUGCAGAGAGAAUGAGGCAGAGACGGUCAUGCAGUUGAGGAAUGAACUGCGAGACAAGGAAAUGAAGCUGACCGACAUUCGACUGGAAGCACUCAGUUCUGCCCAUCAGCUCGAUCAGCUCCGUGAGGCCAUGAACAAAAUGCAGGCUGAGAUUGAGAAGUUAAAAGCAGAAAAUGACCGGCUCAAGUCAGAGAACCAUGGAAACUGUAACAAGACCCAGUCACAGCUUUCUGUUUCUUCUUCUCCAGCAUGCUUUUCAAACCUUUCCCAGCACAGCCUGAACCUGACGGAGUCAACCAGCCUAGAUAUGUUACUAGGUGAUCCUGGCGAUGGUUCCACUCGUAAAGAAGGCAGGCACGUUAAGGUUGUAGUCACCUUGCAGGAGGAGAUGAGGAGGAAGGAGGUUUGUUAUUAUUUGUUACCUAUAGUGAAGACUUUACCAUCAUAUAUUCGUGGUAUAUUUGACUUUUUAGACAAAAUAAAGAAUAUUGAAUGGAAUAAUCAAAUGUAUUGGAUUACACUAGAUGUAAAGAGCCUAUAUACGAAUAUCCGGCAUGAAUUUGGGAUUGAGGCUCUUAGAUUUUUUGAGUAUAUUGUCCAUGUGGAUCCUGUAAACCAUCUUGGUCUAAAUUCGGACAGUAUUCAUGGCUACAGCAUUGGUGAAGUCAAACGAACAAACAGUGCCUCAACACCAGAGUUGCUACCCUGCGGAUACUUAGUUGGAGAAAACAAUAAAAUUUCUGUAACUCUUAAAGGUGUGUCAGAGAACAGUGUGGAUAACCUAGUAUUUGAGUCCUUAAUACCCAAGAAUAUGUUACAGAGCUACAUAUCCCUGCUGAAGGAACAUCGACGAAUUAUAUUAUCUGGCCCUAGUGGUACUGGGAAAACGUUUCUGGCUAAUCGCUUGGCAGAGUAUGUGGUGUUAAGGGAAGGUAGAUCUCUGACUGAUGGUGUUAUUACUUCUUUUAACGUGGAUCACAAGUCUAGCAAGGAGUUGCGACAGUACCUUUCCAGCAUAGCGGACCGAUGCAGCAGUGAGUGCAACGCUGCGGACAUGCCUGUUGUUAUCGUACUUGACAACUUGCACCAUAUUAAUUCUUUGGGAGACAUUUUCAGUGGAUUGCUUAACUGCAAGCAUCACAAAUGCCCCUACAUCAUUGGUACCAUGAACCAGACCAGUUCCUCAACACCCAACCUGCAGCUUCAUCAUAAUUUUAGGUGGGUCCUUUGUGCUAAUCAUACUGAACCAGUUCGAGGAUUUCUUAGCCGUUACAUAAGAAGGAAGCUCAUUGAAACGGAAAUCACCAGUCGAGUACGAAACACGGAUCUGAUUAAAAUUGUUGACUGGAUUCCAAAGGUGUGGCAGCAUAUUAACAGGUUCUUAGAAGCUCACAGCUCUUCAGAUGUCACUGUUGGUCCCCGUCUCUUUCUCUCAUGUCCUAUUGAUGUCGAAGGCUCUCGAGUGUGGUUCACUGAUCUGUGGAACUAUUCCAUUGUGCCAUAUUUGCUGGAAGCAGUAAGAGAAGGCCGUCAGUUGUAUGGGCGACGAGCACCAUGGGAGGAUCCUACCAAGUGGGUGACGGACACUUACCCGUGGGCAGCUACCCUACAGCAGCAUGAAUGGCCCCAUUUGCUGCAGCUUAGACCUGAAGAUGUUGGCUUUGAUGGUUUGUCCUUAGUACUCGAUGGAAGUCCCAGUAAACAGCUCUCACAGAGUGAUGCUGAAGACUAGGCCUAGUUAGUAGCUGAUAAAACUUCUGGAGACUGCUAGCUGUUGCCCACAGACAUAUGACUGAAUCCAGCAGUAAUGAUCGCUACGUUGAUAUUGCGAGUGCAUCCCUCAAAUCUGCGUGGUGAUGUCCAAGAUGGACACUUCUUGCUGCUUUUGUUUCAGACUUUGUCAUGCAACAGCACUGCAAUGUCUUUUUGAACCAGGCUGAUAUCCCACUAUCAGAGACAGAUGCUGAAGUGGAGCUACUUUAUUAAAUCUUGAAUUUGGGUGCAGGUAACCCAGAAGAGAAGUGACUUAAGUACAGUACUGCACUAUUUAUUUUUGAAAUGUUUAGUUGUUAAAGGUUUCUGUGUCCAUACACUGAGAAAACAUGCAUGGAGAUAAUACAUUUGGAGCUGAGGAACAAAUAACAAGUACAGAAAGGAGAAGGGCUGUCCGCCUGUGCUGCUGUGUAACACAUUAAUGAAGACCAGGGAUGUAAGGUCAGCCUUACCUACUAACCUCAACUGCAGACCAUUACGGUGCUACGUACUGCCUGCCUUGUCAAGUCUAAACACAUACAUGUCUGUCUGCAUAAGUAAAGACACACACACACACACACACGUGACAUGAAGGAACAUAUUCUCUUUAUGCAGGUAUUCUGUUUUUAAUGGCAGUAGACUAGUAUGAGGAACCUUAGAGGUUCCAACCCUAAUACUGAUCUGCAGAUUAUGGAGGCAUUGCCCCUUUUGUAUAAAUUGGAUGCAUUGAGGUGUAUUUCUCUGUUAAGGGUUAUUUCUUACGUGAAAAAAAUUGGUUCUUCUAGUUGUAUUUAACUGACUUGUAUUUAUUUUUACAAACUACUGCUCAGUGUGAUUUAAAUUGAAUAUGGCAUGACUUUGUGCAAAUGUAAGUUUAUCACAGAGGUUAAGCCCUGCUGUUAAGUCUUUGUAACUACUGAUAAAAAGCCUUUUCCUGUUUUCCCAUUCAGUGUUGGUGUGGUUAUGCACUAUGAUUACUCUUAGAUGUACUUGCUGAGAUGGCACAGUCCUCAUGUCUGCAUAAAGAAAGCACUAUUGCACAAAGUGGAACAGAUUUCAUGUUCUUUGGUGUUUUUCUGUCUCCACUGAACCUUUCCCAGUUAGCGUACAUUGACUGAUGUUUAUGAUUUGCAGGAAACCAGACUCAAAGCAGCACAUAAUUUUGGGUAAACUACUGUGCAAUGAUUGAGCGCUGAUGACUUCUGAUCACGCCAAACCCACACAGGGUAGAUAGAAAUUCAAGGGGCAUUAAGUUACUGUUGUUAAACUGAUUGGUUCCAAAUACACCCUGGUAAAUCCUUCUGUUCUAGCUUUAAAGUCUUGUAUUGUUAAAUGAAGGUUUGCUUGUAACCUACAAUGUAUAAUGCAUAGAGAACACAUGCUUUAAUCUUGUAUUGCUGGUGAUGACCGGAGUGCUCCAGUGUAGAGGGUGUGAAUUCACAAAAUAUGCAUGGUGUUUCCUAAUGCCUUUACUUGUCAGCCUGUGUUACCUUCCUAAACAGCUAGUCAGAAAUUGUAGUUGUACUGAAGACCAUGGACCAUAACUGCAUCCUUCUACAAAGAUGAGUACAUCAGGCAAGCUAAGUGAACAAAAUACAUGACAGUACUGAUGUCAGUUUAGGCGUUGGCUUGUAAACACCAGCUUUAGGGCUAGUACAUGAAGUGUCAUCUACUGCAUUCCGUUAGCAUUUGACAUGGAGAGUUAUGCUGCCCGGAGUAACAGUUGAUUGCAUGUUUCUACUGGGGAAACAGCCUGUCCCUUGUAUUCCUUCUGUACAAAGCAUUAACUACAAAGUGUAACCACCAGAAAGAUAAAGCAAGUAAACAUAUGCCUCAUCCAGGUCAUGUACAUGUUUCUGUACACAAAGUACCAUACUGUCUGCUCCUGUAAGGUAGACACAUGCUUUGAAAAAGCAACCUUUUUCCUAAAAUAUAUUCAUAUACCCUUACACAUUCAGAUAAGCUAUACACAAUAAUGUUUCUGCACAUGGUUUAAUAAUGGAAGAUAUCUUUUCUGCAAGUGGGAUUGUAACAGAACAAAUGCACAUUUGUAUUCAUUUUAUUAAAAUCAGUGCAACACAUUCUACACAUUAUUGAAAUAUAAGUGUGUUCAAACUGUCUUGUAUUUUCCUCCUCCCAGUUAGUGCGGAGUAUGCAAGUGUGAAUAAGGCUUCCACUGGUGAAUAGGUAGCACAAUGCAAUGGUUUGCACUUUUCUAAAUUUUUGGAGCAAAUAUAGUCUUAACACCAGUUGUACUUCAGUAACAAAACAUUCUGUUAGCAUUAGCAUUACAAGCCUUCCCGCACAUCUGCUGGUGCUAAAAAUAUGAAAUGAUGCCUUAUUUUGUACUAAAUGAUCUAACAUUAAGUCUCUACUUUAUGUUGGCAGCAGGGCUAAGUGUUACAAGUCUGAAUUGUUGUGAGCGCAUUCAGCACCUGGUGUGAUCACAAGAGAAGACAAAUGGCAUGUUUUUUUUCAUGUUUAUGUCAGUUUUUUUCUUUUGAUACUUGUUUGCACAGAAGGAACUUUUAUUUUUCUUGCUGCUGCUGUCGGAGAACACUAGAAUUUUCGUAGAUUCCUUCACUGUACCGAGUGAAUGCAAGCAUAUAAAUAACUAGUUUACACCACGUCUGUCCCUUGAAAUGCUGUACAUAUGUAAAAUGGCUAUUCUGACAAAAUGGUUAUAUUUAAUUUUUCUCACAACUUUCUGUGAGCAGUUUUACUGCAGGUGUUGCAACUUGGCGUGAGCAAACACCAAGCUGUACACUAAAAUAUGUUACUUUUAUGAUACCUGUAGUUAUAAAUUGGUUUCUUAAUCAUUGUUUGAUUCUUAUAUGGUGCUACUUUGUUUCCUAAAAAAGUGACAAAAACUCAAGGUUAGUAGUUCCAAGUUAACACAAGUACAAGUGAGUGCUACCUCUUGUUGCAGAAUUGAUUCAGACAGUGAGACAGGAAGUAAUGCAGAAAGUGUCCCCCAUCUCAGGUUAAAGUAGUCAUUUAGGCUUUGCAUAUAAUGAGGUGAUCCUAUUUUGGCAUUUUCUGCUUUGGGACUGGUGCUGUGUUCUUAAGUUUCUUUUGACUGUACAAAUAUCGCAGUGCAUGUUCAGACACAAAUUGCUUGCUGUUGUAUGUAUUUACAGUACUUACACAAGGUGUAAUAGUUUUAACUCCAAUGACUAAUCAUCACAGUGUUGGAAUUCCACCAGUCCAUUGUUUCGUAUGCUUCUAUUUGCAUUUCUCCAUCAGACUGUCUCUUGUUAAAAACUUGUGAAUUGAUAAUUCUAUGCAACAUAUUAUAAAUGGAAGCCAAAAAUAUCCUUUUAGUUAGAACUGCCAAGAAGUGUACAGGCUGUAAAUAGUAUGUGUGAAUAAAUUGUGAUGAUUUCUUUUUAUUUGUUAACUGAUGUUAAUUCAUCUGCAGUUGUAUGUGUAAGCAUUCUUUUGAAUGCGAUUUUUUUACAAAGUCCAGAUGCCAAUAUUUGCUCUUUUGAGAGUAGUUUCAUGCAGAACAGUGUGUAGUGUAUACAGUUUCUAUGUGGUGUAUAUUUUUCUUUGUAACAUAGACAUGUAAAUAUUUGAUUCCAUUGCUGCAUUUUGAUGAAACUUUAUAGUCCAUUUAAACCGGAAAUUAGAGUGCUAUUUUGUGCGCAGUGUGUUUUGACCCCUCUCCCACAUUCCAAGUUUUUUGAACCGUUGCAAGUCACUGAGUUACCACGGACGGUCACAAUCUUUUGUAAGAUCACAUUCAUGUGUGCUGAAUAAACCUAAAAUUGUACCAGUUAUAUAUAUUAUUCAUGAGGCAAUAAAGUGAACGUUCAUUUA